AACUCAAAUGUCCGACAAGGUUCCUUGAUGUAACUACGCUUGGCAUUCACAGAUGGAGCUAGUGAUCCGGAGUUAAUUUUUGGUACAAAAAUAGAUAGCGCUAAAGAAACUUAAUUUUUAGUAAACAAGUUGUUUAUAAUUUAUUUAACAAUUAUUAAAUUAUGUUAAUUCAUGUUUCGUAUUUUAAAAAAUAUAUUUUUAAUUUCGUUAUAUAAAAACGAACAUUAUAGAACAUUUUAAAAAAUUAAAUGAAAAUGAAUUUAUUGUUGGUAAUGGCGUGUCUCGUGUGCGUUCGACAAAUGUUUAUAUUGUGAGGAGAGUGAAUCUUUAACCGAUUUCUUACUUUUUUGAUAACAAUUUUGAUUUUGGUCGUUUUUUAAUUGCGGGAGCUGAAUAAUGUAACUAUUUUGGAGAUGGCUAGAAACGCUCACCGAUGCUUUGUAGAAUCGUGUGGAAAUAGCACAUUCGUAAAUCCAGAUGUGGUUGUGCACCGUUUUCCAAGAUCUUCUGAUCAAAUCAAGAAUUGGCUCAAUGCAGUCAUUGAAUUGGGUGGGCAAGAAAUCACUCAAAUUCAUGAUUUGGGUGUUUACCAUGCUAAAUAUUUGUGUGCUGAACAUUUUCUUUAUUCAGAUUAUGUUUCUGCGGAAAGAAAGAAAUUGAACCGAAAUGCUGUACCUUCAGUUUUUGGGCAUGUAAUUCACCCCAUAGCUAAAGUUCAACCAAAAGUUACAGAACCGCAGGUUUUUCCUAGUCAACACUGUGUGUCAUCGUUGUCGCCAUCAUCACCACAUGUACUCCCAGGCAGUGUACAGCGUGUGUAUGCCAGUUCUUCAACAGGUGUGCCAAUUCCUGGUAUUUCUGGAAGACCUGCAGAUACUUUUCUAGUACAGGAGACAUCAUCCACAUUGAUAAAAUGUCCUUCCAAAGUCAGAUGUAAGCUGAAUGUUGGUUAUAACAAUGAAAGUUCUAUGAAUGAAGAAUUGUCUGAAAUACUGGCACUUCCUUUGGAUACAGUGUCAAAAGAAUAUUUUGAAACUAAGACUACUUCAGUUCUACCGGGAGUGGAGAAGAAAAAAAAGAAACUGAGACCAACCCUUCUGAGAAAUUUUGGUGUGUCUCGAGUUAGUGAUUUGACACCUAAGAAAAUAAAAUUAUUCAGAGAAGUUCAGAGCAAAACAAAGGCUCUUAAGAGGUUACGCAAAAAAUACGUUGCAAAAACCCAGUUAAGUCACUUUGACAAGAGUGUUAGUUUAGAGAGCGAUUUACAAUUUCUGAAGCUUAGGGAAGGAAUUUCUCCAGCUGCAUAUCAACUACUUGUUUCCCAGUUACGAUGUGCAAAGAAAAACCCUAGAGGUAGACGAUGGACAGUAAGAGAAAAAAUAAUGUACCUCACAAUCUUGAAACGUAGUCCUGCAGCUUAUCGUCUUCUGAAGCAAAUGAUUGUUCUUCCAUGCAAACGAACGCUGACAUCUAUGCUGAAUGCUGUGCCUUUCAAGUGUGGUGUGGAUACGAAAGUGUUGAACGUGGUGCAGGAAAUUGUAGCCUCAAUGAAUGAAAAUGACAAAUACUGUUGUUUACUGUUUGAUGAAAUGUCAUUAAAGGAGAAUAUUCAGUAUAGCUCUAGUGAAGACAGAAUUCUUGGUUAUGUUGAUGACGGUGCAUGUAGAACAGGAGAGCUGGCAAACCAGGCAAUGGUUUUCAUGGUGCGUGGUCUACGUAAACGUUGGAAGCAACCCAUUGCAUGUUUUUUUACCCGGAGUGGAAUGAAGGGGCCAGCCCUGAAACAAGCCAUUCAACAGGUGCUGGGUGCGUGUUUAGCUGUUGGGUUAAAAGUAGUGGCCACUGUAUGCGACAUGGGGACAAACAAUGUUUCUGCUCUUAGAGGACUCUGAGCAAAGUUUCCGGACCCUGUUUUUGAUUAUGAAGGGCACAAAAUGGUAGUAUUUUUUGAUCCACCACAUCUCUUAAAGUGCACAAGAAACAUGUUCGAAAGUCAUGUUGUGAGAGGUGUGAAAGUGAGAGGAAAUGUCACUGUUAGUGGAGCGGCCCGUUGGGAACAUUUGCAAAGGAUGUAUGAAGAGGAUAAGAACAACUCCAUUUUCAGACUUGCCCCAAAACUUACAGAUGCCCACCUCACACCUACCUCCAGUGACCGGAUGAAAGUUGCAACUGCUGCACAAGUAAUGAGCCAUACUGUGGCAGCAACUUUGCACAGCUUUGUCAGUAGAGGUACUAUAUUUUUGCCUAUUUUUUCUUGUUAUGUUUAUAAUAAAAACAUUUUUCUUUUAGUUGGCAAAUGACAAUAAAAUGAACAGUGUUGGGUAAAAGUUCUGUUUUGCAUAUCCGGGUGUAUCCAGAUAUACCUUUGAUCAUGAUGGCAUGAUCAUUUUCACCUGAUCCUUUGGUACAAAAAGCUUAUUUUUUUAGCAGUGGGGAGGCGCGUAGCGUCGACGCAAUAAGCACGACAGCGCGAAACAUGUUGUAAAAAAUAAAUUAUGUAUAAGAUAAAUUACAUCAGGAUUUGCGCUAAGCGCGAACCACAUCGGCGUUACGUGCCUCCCCACUGCUAAAAAUAGGCAUCAUGUACCACAGGAUCAGGUGUACAGGAUCAUGCCAUGAGGAUCAUACCAUCAGGAUCACAAGGUUUAUUUGGAUACACAAUAGCCUACGGAACUCUUACCCCCUGUUGCUUCCUAGUAAUGAACAAUAAUUUCACACAACAAAUAAUUUCUUAACAGUUUUCAGGUUUCCGUACAUGCAGUUUGAUUUUAUUAUGUAGAUACAUAAUUGCAGUGCAUCCUUCACUACAUUUAAUGCACGGGAGACCUAUGACUAUCAAAACAUUAAUGUAUAUAAUAAUUUAUUUGUUUAUACAUCAAAUAUUUUUCUGUUCAUAUCGGAAGUUAAUUAGGAUAUUUUUAUACAUUUAUGUAUAUAAUAAAUGGUGUGUGUGUGUGUGUGCGUGCGUACAUGUGUGCGUGUGUCUGUCUCUCUCUCUCUCAAUAUAUAUAUAUAUAUAUAUAUAUAUAUAUAUAUAUAUAUAUAUAUAUAUAUAUAUAUAUAUAUAUAUAUAUAAACCUAUACUUUAAAUUAUGUAGAUGUUUUAUUGUCAGUUUGUCAUUAAUGCCAGAGCUAAAUUACUUUUAUUUAUUUUGUAAUAUAUUAAGUUUUUUAGACUCGCUUGUCAGUUCUUAAAGUUUUCCAAUAUUUUUUUCCAGAUAUUUUGCCAAUCGAAGCUACUAUUACAGCUUCAUUUGUGGCAGAUGUGGAUGCUAUCUUUGAUAGCUUUAAUGGAACUGAACAGUAUCCACAGUCUGGCAAGCCAUUGAGGUGUGCACUGUCUGCCAACAGCCCACAUAUUGAAUUCUGGCAAGAUGAAGCUAAAAGCAAAGUUCAGAAAUGGGAGUUUUGCUUUGAUCCAACUGCUGAUCGAAGACUAAACAGAGAAAGGAAACAAAAGCCUCCACCACUAACGCCUGGUAAGCAUCGUAGUUUGGUAUCUCGUCCUCCUUCACAGUGGGGCUGGAUUACAUCUAUGAAUGCUGCAGUUCAUGUGUGGCGUGUUUUGUCGGAAGCUGGGUUUCGGUUCCUGCAGCUUAGGAACCUUAACCAGGAUGCUUUGGAAAACUUGUUUGGAGCAAUUCGAUCUUACUGUGGGUCUAAUUAUAACCCAACAAUAUAUCAGUUCUCAGCAGCAUUGAAGACAGCUGUUAUCAACAGUUUGGCAUUUAAAGGUUACUCUGGUAAUUGUCAGGCAGAUCACGCAACAGUUUUGAGUGAUUUACAUACUUUUCUUUUUGGACUUGAACCCUCUGAUAAAAAUGCUAGUUCUGGUGAUGUAGUUGUGAAGCCUUGUUAUGACAGUUAUGUUAAUGCAGUGGCAGAUAUUGAAAAUGCAGUUCAGUGUGGAGACAUAUCUGUACUGCCUGAUGCAUAUGUGGCUGGUUAUAUAGUCCGUAAAGUGUUGAAGAAGGUUGUGUGUGAAGAGUGCAGUAGGCUGUUAGUGGGUAGUGAAGAAGACUUUUGUAACACAGCAAUAUGUUUCAAAGAGUUUUCAGAUACCACCAGCAGAUUAACUUAUCCAUCACAGUGUACAGUUAAAUUAGUCAGGCAAUGUGCAUUACUGUUUGAAGGAAUUAUGGCUAGUAUUUCGCACUCCAAUGAUCUGCUAAAAACAGUAUCCAUUGAAUUUGAAAAUAAAUGUGACUUUAUGUGGUUGAAGGAAGGUAAAUGUCAGGAACAUUUGGACAUCAUCAAAAAUUUCCUUAUGAAGGGAAUCUGUGAGAUUUUAGUGAGGUGGUGGUGUAAGAGGGUAAACAGAAACUUAAUUUCAUCCAAGAAAAUGAAAAAGCACUGUAGGAAAAUGUCAGUUCUGUCACACAGGUAGAAAUGUACAAAACAGUUCACACAAAUAUGUGUAUAUGCAGCCUAAGUCUAAAAUUAUGAUGGGUAUUUGCCCCCUGUGAUUUCUCUUAUUAUUUCACAUAUUCUUUUAUUCAUUAGUAUUAUGGUAAUGAUAGAGACUUGUUGCAAAAUUGAUAUACAGUGAUAAUAGUUAAUGUAUACUGUAUUAAAUCAUAUUGUUCUGUAGUAAAAUUGUCACUUGAGCAUUGAUUGGUUGGAUGUAACAUAAUGGCUUUUAAUUAUUUCUUAUUCCUGUGUAGACAGCCCAUUUAAAAGUGUACGAAUACAUUGUGUGAUGAUAUUUUUGUGCAAAUUAAGGAAGUAAAUAUUGUAUUAGGUAGAUUUAGAAGAAAGACUACCUAUAGUGGCCCUUAACAUGGUGUGACUUCCAGUAAAUUUUUGUAAAUUUUUGGUUGCAUGGUUCAUUGACACCAAACCCUAAAUCAUCUCAGAAGUUUAUAUAUAUAUGUAAAUGUGUGUGUAUGUAUGUAUCUAUCACAUUUUUAUUGAAAUGUUAACUUCUGCAAAUUUUCACCAAUCACUUUCAAGCUGAUGCAUAAAAUUUAGGAUUAGAAAAUAUUGGCAGAGUUCGAUAAUGGGCAAAAUCCGAUGUAGGUAUAUAAAUUAGGAAGAUUUAUUGAAAAAAAAAAGUUUAUAACUCCCGUAUGACAAUUAUCACUUCAGUUUGCAUGUAGUAUAAUUCAUAGGAGUUAUAAGAAAACUUGUCUAAUAACAUUUUUUUUAAAUGACAUAACCAAAACUGCAAGGGUGAGGGCCUUACACCUAAUGUGGUUUGAUAUUGAGGUUAUUUAUGGUGGGUGCCACCACAUGAAUGGGCACGUGAACCCGUCUGAGACUCCUGGUCAGUGUGUUAUGUGGUAUGUGUGAGGUGAGAUAUUGACCCCCUUAAUUAUGCUCAUUUUCAGAGACCUGGCCAUCUCUAGGCAUCGAGCAUGCCACAUUGAUAUAGACACAUUAGGACUACAGGGUAUGGUGAUGCAUGGCCAGUAAUACAGUGUGUUGUAUAUAAUUUGUCAUAAAUAGCAUUUUGCAAUAAUGUUCAUUAAUUAACUGCGAGCUACUUUGUUCCCAUGGAAUUAAUUGAUUAAAUACAUUUUAAACCAUCUUUAUUUUGUUUCCAAAGAUAAAUUUUUUACUACUACUUAUUAUUGCAAGGGAUGAAAAAUAGUGUUUGAAGGUCAACAAUAAAAAUUCAUAACUACCUUAUUACGCAUAAUAGGAAAAUUAUUCAAAGCUCAUAAAAGCUGGAUGCAUAAAAUUUUAAAUAUUCAAAACAUUUCCUCUACAUGGAAUAUGAGAAAAUGUUUUAGCAAUCAUUAUGGAAUAUUAGACAAUAUGAUAUGUCUAUUACAUUUUCAAGAGGUUUAUAGAAGUUUUCAUAACUAUUCCAGAAUAAAUAGGUGCCUGUAGGCUGUGGUCAAAUGUUUUUUUUAAUCUACUCAAUUUCUUAGUGAAUUCUAACCUUAAAACUUUUAUAACUCAAUAUAUGGUGUUACAAAAUGUCAAUACUUUAGCAUACUCAUAAUGUAUUACAACCGUUUAUUUUAUUUAUUUAUUUCAUUUCGUUCAGUCGAUCCCAUAUGGAGGUAUUCCAGGGAUACAGAACAUGUCAGAGGUCACUGAGACAUAUACAUAUAUACAUACAAUAUUGUUACAAUUGUCAGUUUUUGUAUGUAUAUUUUUGAGGGAUAUUUUACAAACCCCCCUUUAUUUUUUAAUUUACAUUUUGGUUUUUUUUUUUUUUUAGUGGCUGCAUUUUUUGUUCCCACUUAAUGUUUAAAUAUUUCCAUUUCUUGUUUAGUAAUCAGGUGUGUUGUAUUUUUUUGGGGCUAUGGCUAAAAUGUUACAUGCUUUAACUGAAGUGUUUGUUUUUAUCAGUAUAUCAUGCUUUUAAAUAAAAUUGGGAUACAUGUUUAAUAAAAAAAAAGUUUUACAGGUUUCUCAACCUCGUUGAAAUUCCUUGAAUUUUGCCUGUCAUGUCAAAGCCUGGAAAAUUCCUACAACUACUCGAGUGUAUGGUCUUUAAUGUUAAUAGAGAAAAUCACAAAAUGUUACUGUUUUUUACUAAUUAAAAAUUAUUUUUGUUUGUACUAUUAAAUGAUCAUUGAAACCAGUAUCAUUAGUACUGGAAUAGUUUUAACCAACUGAUAGACAAAACCUCACCAACUCUGUAUUGUAUAUAUGAUAAAUCUAAUGUAUUUGAAUGCUGUUCAUGAUCCAUGUAAAAUGCUCAAUGCCUUAAUUACUUAAAAGUUAUUAAUGUGCAAGGACCUGAAGUUUUGAAUAAAAUAAUUAAAUAUAAUUAAAUACCUAGCAUUUGUUUUGGAAGAGCAUUAUGUAUAAUAUGGAAAUAAAAUCAACCAUUUUAGUGGAAGUAAA